CUUUCGUUCAGUCUUUCUCGUAUCGCGCGAGGCACACAAGGGUCUACAAAGAGGUCUUUGACAUUCUAUGCUAUUGACACGGAGCCGGAUGAAAAUGAUAAAAGGUGCACUGCAGCCUCCUGGCCUAUCGACUCCAUCAGAUAGUUCUACUCGUGUCCCGGGUUUUGUGCACCCGGCUAUCGUUCGCUUUCUUACUAUUUGUCUCGAUUGGAUAUCCUUCUUUAAGUAUACUGGCAACCAAUCUAGACCAACAUGAAGUUCCUACACAUUCUCUCCUAUUGCGUUAUCGCGUCAGGCCUCGCCGUACCGAAUACUGCGCCCGAAGCGGAGAUCUCCGUCCGCGAUCCACCUCAGACGGUCCCUGUACGCACCGACACCUUCAGCUCAGCCGGCAUCUUCUCUCGAGACCAAAGCAAAGCUUGGAGGGAAGCAGAGAAGGUCGUAGGGAGGCCACUUCAGCACGGCAAAGUGUAUUAUUUCAUGUCCUGCAACCCAGCGUAUCGCAAUCAUUAUUACACGCAGGAUGUCUACUUGAAAUAUGUUGUAGAUCAAACCGACUGCGUUCACGUUGGGUUGGUCAUUGGCAAGACGUCCAAGUGGUUCAAGAAGUUUGAGGCCGAGUACCUGCAUGUGAGAGUCGAUGAGGACAACGCCCCGGACGAAUGGUACCAAUCGCGACACGACUGGGAUGGCCCUAUCAUUGAUCAACGCAUUACCUUUGGCGGAAUGACAGACUCGACCAGUAUUAGCAAGCUGUGGAAAGCUGGCAAGCAGUGGGUUAAAGAUGCUGGUUCCCAGAUGGACGCAGACUGGAAUUGCCUGCAAUAUUACAGACAUCUAGUCUCUCUUAUUUGAGAGUAGAUUUUUCAUUGAGUUCACAUGCAAUUUGAGAAAGCGGACAACGGCUGUUCUAUAGCAUUCA